CUGAGGCAUGUGGUCGUGUUUAUUUCCAGGAGGAGACCCUGAUGUUGAGCUCUCUGAAUGUGAUCGAAGACGCAGAGUACACCUUCCAUGCAGCUUUCCAGGACCAUCAGUACAAGGUAUACAUGGUGCUGCGACCACAUGUGAAGGAGUUCCUGCAGGCCAUGGCAAAAAUCUACGAGCUGUUCGUUUACACGUGUGCGAAGAAGGAAUAUGCCGAGAAGAUCCUGGAGAUCCUGGACCCGCAGAGAAAGCUGUUUCGACACCGGCUGUAUCAGGACGACUGUGCCUGUGUUCUUGGCCACUACAUCAAAGAUCUCAGCAUCCUCGGGAGGGAUCUGAAGAAGACGGUGGUUCUGGAUAAUGCACCCCACACAUAUCCAUAUAAUUUGUUGAACACGAUUCCCAUCAAGAGCUGGUCUGGGGAGUCUGAUGACAGAGAGUUGCAGAAGCUCAUCCCCUACAUGGAGAAACUGUCUGCAGCUGAGGAUUUUCGGGAGGUGCUGAAGAAGAGGAAGGAUCACGUCCACAGGCUGCUGUCAGAGGACUGACAAACCCCCCACUUUGACUGCUUAAUGUGACUUUCACAGCCCAUGUUUGCUUUGGCGAAAAGGCAGAAGCCAGUUGGACCUAGGUAACCUGCAGACUGUUGGUUCGUGGUGGACCUGUGCGCCCUCCCCCGUCCUCCCGUUGGCUUGAAAUGACAGCAGAGCGGUGUUUCAGACAUGCUGCUGGUCGCUCAACAGAUUACACAAGCAAUAAACUCAUAUCUGUGUAUAUAUAUAUUUACAGCUCAGAAUCCAAAAUAUGUUGUUUAUAGUCCUGAUUUUUUUUUUUUAUUUAUUAACUAUAUUGCAAAUCUACAGCUGUUAUCUGUAUAUUUGAAAAUGUUUUCUUAUACAAUAAAAUAUCCCUGAUAAUAACUGGGGAAAAU